CACGCAGUCAGCUGGAGCGGCCUCACUCAGAGGACAGGAGUGACAGCCGCCUGGAGCACUGCAACUGGGUUCUGAAUUGCUGCUGCGUUUUUGCGCUUGCUGUCACGGCGCCCUGUUCCUUCUCCACGCUAUCCCCGAUUUCCCCGACGCUAAUCGAUAGGCUGCUUUUAAAUUUUGUCUGAUCUCGCAAGCUUACAAGCUCCUGGUUGUUGGCCCACUCACAACCGCAACCUCAGUCCCUCCUCCUUUCCAUUCCUACCUUCGAUUCACUGACUGCCUUCACAUCCAAUUGCUUCCCUACAACCCUGAGCAGUCAUCCAGCAGCCCGCCAUGGCGACCGUGAAGGAGCAGGUGGGCGAGGUGCUCCUGGGCACCACCGAGGGGCCCCAGCUGUCGCAGCUCAUGCGCUCGACCUUCAUGAGGCAUGCUCAGAAAGAUGAGAGCACCGGCGAGUACUACCUGAGCGAGGACGAGUUCAUCGAGGCAGUUGCGCCGGGGAGUGAAGACUAUCACAAAAUCAAGCGCUACCAGUACGGUAUCCUUUUCACAGUCGCCGACCGCGACAUGAAGGGCCGAGUGAACCUGCAGGACUGGGCCGUCUUCCAGAACCUGCUCGCGAAGCCAGACGCCGAGUACGAGGUCAUCUUCCGCUUCUUCGACCGUGACAGGACCGGCUACAUUAAUUUCGACGAAUUUUUUAAGAUAUGGAAGGCACACAAGGGGGAAGACAGCUUGCCGUUCAACUGGAACUCGGAAUGGGCGACUCUCUACAUCGGAUCCAAGGACAAGCGCCACGUCAUGACCUAUCCGCAGUUUGCGCAAAUGCUCCGAGGACUGCAGGGAGAGCGUGUCCGGCAAGCGUUCGUGUACUUCGACAGGAACAAGGAUGGAUUUAUCGAGCCAGAGGAGUUCCAGCGCAUUAUUCGGGAGACUGCAAGCCACAAGCUGUCCGACUAUCUCCUCGAAAACCUGCCCACCCUCUGCAACAUCUCAGCCGGAAGUAAGAUAUCGUAUGCUAACGUCAGAGCUUUCCAGAACAUGAUCCAGCAGAUGGACAUGGUUGAGCUCAUCAUCCGCAAUGCGACCAGCAAGAGCGCCGACGGUAAGAUUACCCGUACUGACUUCCUGAAUGAGGCCUCCCGAGUUAGCCGAUUUAACUUGUACACCCCUAUGGAGGCCGACAUCCUCUUCCACUUCGCCGGUCUAGACGAUCCGUCCGGGAGGCUAGCCUUGAGGGAUUUCGCUCGGGUCCUCGAUCCCUCAUGGCACACGGCGUAUUCGAUAGGUGCCAGCACUAUUGCAGAUGCCGGUCAGAAGGCGUUCGCGUCGACCAGAUCCAUCCUACACGAUGUCCUGGAGUCGAUACACCACUUUGCGCUCGGAUCUCUUGCUGGCGCGUUCGGCGCGUUCAUGGUGUACCCUAUUGACUUGGUCAAGACGCGGAUGCAGAAUCAGAGAAGCUCAGCUGUUGGACAGGUCUUGUACAAGAACUCAAUCGACUGCGCGAGGAAGGUGAUCAAGAACGAGGGUAUCAAGGGGCUAUAUUCUGGUGUUUUGCCGCAGCUCGUCGGCGUGGCGCCAGAAAAAGCUAUCAAACUGACGGUGAACGACCUGGUGCGAGGAAAAUUCACAGACAAGAAGACGGGCAAUAUCUGGUGGGGCUGGGAGCUCCUCGCAGGUGGUACCGCUGGCGGUUGUCAAGUGAUUUUCACAAACCCGCUCGAGAUUGUCAAGAUUAGAUUGCAAGUGCAGGGCGAAGUCGCAAAGACGGUCGAAGGCACACCGAAGCGCUCUGCGAUGUGGAUCGUCAGGAACCUGGGUUUGGUCGGCUUAUACAAGGGUGCUAGCGCCUGUCUACUGCGGGACGUACCAUUCUCGGCGAUCUACUUCCCUGCAUACAGUCACUUGAAGAGAGACUACUUUGGCGAGAGCCCUCAAAAGUCGCUCGGAGUGUUACAGAUGCUGACAGCGGGUGCUAUUGCCGGCAUGCCCGCAGCGUACUUCACGACCCCCUGCGACGUCAUCAAGACGCGGCUGCAGGUCGAGGCUCGAAAGGGCGAGGCCACGUACACGGGCCUCCGGCAUGCGGCGAAAAUGAUUUACCAGCAGGAAGGAUUUAAGGCGUUUUUCAAGGGCGGGCCAGCCCGUAUUAUGCGAUCCUCACCCCAGUUCGGCUUCACCCUUGCCGGUUACGAGCUGCUGCAGCGCGCUCUCCCCAUGCCCGGCACUCACAGCGGCGAUGAAGGACCCAGCGGCCACCUCGAACCGGGCGUUGGGCUUGCAGAAGCAAAGGCGCCGCUACCCCUUUUACGAUCGCGCAACGCUCUUAAGGUCAUCCUCGAUCUAGACGAGAACUUUGGGCGGCCGAGGCUGCCACCAGGCAAGACGUGGACGGGGAUUCCAGGAUUCGGCGGUAAGUCGCAGGCUUAAUUCCUUCUUGUACGGGAGGGAGUUGCGGCGCGCGACGGAGGGUAAAAUGGUAUUGGGUGGAUUCUCGUAUGGGGCCGUCGCUUCUGGCGCGCUUCUUCUUUAUCAGCCAAU